UGAUUGGCUGCGGAGGCGGAACUUCCGCUAGCACCGGUUGAACAGUGGACACGAAGUGAAAGACUUCAGCUGCCUAAAAUCGGAAGAAAGUGAAGAACAUCGAGUUACGGCUUGUCAGAGAAUUGUGAUGAUUCUAACAAAUGGACGACAUCAACCUCCAUUAUCGUUUUUUGAACUGGAGAAGGCGAAUACGAGAAUUUCGUGAAGUACGACCAGUGCGGUACCGAGAGCGUCUGAAAAGAAUGCUGAGGGAUGGUGAUGUGCUCAGGUACCAUGGGAACUCAGAUGAAGUUGGCUGUUUUGUGGCAGCGAGACCAUUGUCAAAGAGAAGUCGCUAUUUUGAGGUAACAAUCGUCGAUACAGGAGUGAGGGGGAUGAUUGCUGUUGGUUUAGUGCCUCAACUUUACAAGCUGGACCAUCAACCAGGCUGGCUCCCAAAUUCCGUGGCUUUCCAUGCAGAUGAUGGCAAGUUGUACAACGGCAACACUGUAGGUCAACAGUUUGGUCCAAAAUGCUGCAGAGGGGACAGAAUUGGCUGUGGAAUAUCCCUGGACUCUGAUGAUGGACAGUUGACUGUGUUUUUUACCAAGAAUGGUAAAGAAGUUGGCAGCUUGGAAGUACCAGCAGUCGAAGCUCUCUACCCUGCUGUAGGAAUGCAUUCGCUGGGGGAAGAAGUGCUGCUGGACUUACAUGCUGAAUGGAGAAUGGAGGAGGAUGACGGGCUGAUGAUAGUAGACAGCCACGAAGAUGACUGGGGCCGCCUCCAUGAUAUUAGAGUGUCUGGCACCCUGCUGGAGUACACGGGCAAAGGGAAGAGCAUUGUUGACGUGGGCUUGGCUCAGGCCCUUCGGCCACUCAACACACGCUUCCACUACUACGAGCUGGAGAUCACAGACGCUGGGGAGAAGUGUUACAUCGCCCUGGGCCUGGCACGCAAGGAUUAUCCUAAAAACAGGCACCCAGGAUGGAGCAGAGGGUCCAUAGCAUAUCAUGCGGACGACGGAAAGUUGUUUCAGGGCUGCGGUGUUGGCGACGCCUUCGGGCCACGUUGCUUCGAAGGAGACCUCAUGGGCUGCGGUAUCAUGUUUCCACGUGACUUCAGCCACGAGGAUGGAGAUGAUGCGGACGACUGGGACCUGGAAAUGUUUCCGCAGCCCAGUGAGGUUCAGAAUGACUUGUACGCGAGCAAUGACGACGACGACGAAGAGAGGGAAGACUUGGAGGGAACCAAGGUCAUGGUGUUCUUCACCCGCAAUGGAAAGGUGGUGGGGCGCAGGGAGGUGGCCUUACCUGCCGGAGGCUUCUACCCCACUAUUGGCAUGAUGAGCACCGGGGAGAAAGUUAAAGUCGACCUGCACCCCCUCAGUGGCUGAACACCUCCGCGGGACUCUUACCUCAUCAUCAACGGGCUGCUGCACGACGCUUGUAGAAGACACGUCGGGAUGGAACUGUGGCCUUCUCAUGCUGUAAGAAACAAAUGAUCCACAUGUGUAUAUUUCUUGAGGUUUUAAUGGAAGCACACAUUGUGGCGUUUGUUUUUAUUUUUUUUCUGAAAAGAAGCAGCUCAAGCUCAGUAUUGGCAACAAUCAAUUUAUUUCCACAUUUAUUUCGAGUCUGUGGCCUUACGUUCCAUAAAUGGUGCAUUACUGGCACUCGGUGGUGAGACUCCUGUAGUGCAGUCAUUUUUUCACUUCAUGGCCUAAAAAUGUAAAACAAUCCUCACAAUGUUUCCCAGCCUUUUAUUCAGCCAAGGCCCAUGUUUUUUGCUUAAGAAAAUUCUCACAGCGUAGCACGACAACAAAAAUGCAACAAAAAAGCAAAACUAAACCAAAAAAAACAAACCAUGAUGAUCCUGUCUAAUUUUACUCAACUUUAUUGAUGUGAAAUCUGGGCCGGUUAAAUUGAGUAUAAAUCUAUAUUCUGUUGACUGAUGGAAACUCAAGUUAAUUGUACCUCCUGCCAUCCAGUGGAAUUAAUUGAUACGCCUGUCACUGUAUGUUGCUGGCAUAGAUGGAUUAAAAAAAUACAUUAUUUAAAAUGAAUAAGAUCUGGAUACGUUUUUGCAACAUGAUCUAACUAAUGUGCCACAGCACCAUGGUUUGUGAAACGAUACCCAAACAUAUUAUAUUGGCCUUUAACUCGACUUCUAUGGCAAACAUAGCUUUAUUUCCCUCCAAUUAUUUGACAAUUUAUUUUUUUAUUUAAACCUUUUCCGGGCAAUGUAAUUUUGCUCCGUACAUGUGUUCGUUAGCAAACUACACCGCAUUUUCCAAGCAUUUAUCAAAUUACAAGAUGUUUUUAUACUCAAAGGGAAGACAUACAUCUUUUAUGGAAGGAUAAUUAAUGUCCAAAAACAUGUACAAGUAAAAAUUGUUUAAUUGUUCUUGACAAUGAAGCCAUAGCUAUGAUUGAUUGCUCUCAGGUAUAUUUAAAUAUUAAAACGGAUCUCCUUUUUAUUUAUUCAAGUCACAGUUGUCCUCUGCAUUGUGCCGUCUUUGACUUGCAUCUUUUUCGGGCAGAGAGGGGAGGAUCAAUGGUUUUCUAAGAAUUGAGGAUUAACUUUCACCUGCACUUUCUUUAAGCACAUUUUUAGCUUCCUGGCAUCAAUUCUAUUCCCCCAUAAAGGGGGCAGAGAAGGAAGGUUUUGUUUUCAAUCUGCUCCAUUUGUGCCACAAACGUAUGCUAAAUUCACUAAACACAAAAUUGAACGUCGGUGUGAAUUUGGGAUGUGCUGCAGCUUGGCUCUGUUCCCAUGAAUUGCAUAAGCAGCAUACACUGUACAAUGUCUGAAUCCAUGAAUGUUGUCAUAGGAUUACAAGUUUUACUCUGAUGAAUUUGUUAAAAAAAGCAGCCAACUGUAGACCAUUCUGACCAAAGUGCCCGCACGGAUACUUAUUGUCCUCGCGUCAUGUACUGUAAUCUGUUUAUUCAUGUGUGUUUAUUCAUAGUUAUCAAAAUUUAACAAAUGGUGCUCUUGUGCAUUUUCACCCCCAUCUCAUGAUUAUUGCAAAACAAUCAACCAACCGGGCCUCAGAUAUAGCAAUGUCUCUUUUGUGUGAAGCAAUCCAAUGAAAACCAAAACGUUGUAUAGAUCCAAAUAUACAUUUGAGAUAUAAAUGUAGCUUGGUAUUAGCUUGUGCCUUUUAGGUACAUAUGUUGCACAUAUUAAAUGCCUUAUCUUGUA